AUGAGCGACAAUUGCGACGAAAAGCCCGAUGCCAUCGGCAAAGAGUUCAGCGAUGAACUCACACCCGAAGAGCGCGAGCACGAGAUCGAGUCACGCGACCAACAGGCCCGUGAGUAUCUGGACAACGAAUCAUUCUACGACCGGAUGGCGUUCGCGCAAAUACCAGUGUACAUAAAGAGCCCUCGCAUGCUAGUUGUCACGCUGGGUGUCUUUGCAGCGUUUAGCGGCAUGCUGAGUGGUUUAGACCAGUCGGUGAUCUCAGGCGCACUGCCUGGUAUCCGCAAGCAUUUCAUCGCGUCAGGCGAGUGGGCGAGCAUGGACGAUCCGAAAUUGUCGAACGAUAUCUCGCUGAUCUCCUCGCUGAUGCCUCUAGGCGCAAUGGCCGGCGCGCUCAUCAUGACGCCGCUGAAUUUCUACUUUGGACGUCGUAACUCGAUUAUCAUCUCGUGUUUGUGGUACACACUUGGAGGAGGACUUUGCGCGGGCGCCCGCAGUGUUCCAAUGCUGUUUGCGGGCCGAUUCAUUCUAGGUAUCGGUAUCGGAAUUGAAGGCGGCUGUGUCGGUAUCUACAUCUCUGAAUGUGUACCGCCAGAGGUACGUGGCAAUCUGGUAUCGGUGUACCAGUUGAUGAUCGCAUUCGGAGAGAUCAUCGGAUACGCCGCCGGUGGCGUAUUCUUCGACGUCAAGUCUGGUAGCUGGCGCUGGAUGCUGGGCUCAUCUCUCUUGUUUUCGACAAUUCUCCUGGUCGGAAUGUGCUUCCUACCCGAAUCGCCUCGCUGGCUGGUAUCCAAGGGCAAGGAUGGCCGCGCGUGGCAGGUGUGGAAGUCGCUGCGCGACUUGGCGGACACGAAAAGCUUGGACGAGUACGUCGCGAUGGAGAUUACAGUCAAACAUGAUGUCGAGACAACCGCGAACGAGGCAUGGUACAACAGAUAUCUGGAAGUGUGCAGGAAGCCGCGCAACCGACGGGCACUUGUCUAUGCUACGGCAAUGAUCUUCUUCGGACAGAUGACCGGUAUCAAUGCGGUGAUGUACAACAUGUCGAACUUGAUGGCCAAGAUGAAUUUCAGUGACCGCGAGUCAGUGCUGAUGUCGAUGGUGGGCGGUGGCGCGCUGUUCUUGGGAACGGUUCCUGCUGUUUUUACCAUGGACAAGUUUGGACGACGCGUGUGGGCACAGAACAUUCUGAUGUUCAUUGUGGGACUUGCGCUGGUGGGCGUCGGUUAUCUAUACACAAACAACGGUGUCGAUUACUUCAAUGAGCACAAGUCAAUUGCCUUGGGGUUGUUUUUCUCCGGCCUGGUGCUGUACAUGGCGUUCUUCGGUGCGUAUUCGUGCCUGACCUGGGUAGUACCAGCGGAGAGCUUUGAUUUCAACACUCGCAGCCAGGGCAUGGCGAUCUGCUCUACAUUCCUUUAUCUAUGGUCAUUCAUCGUAACAUACAACUUCGAGGGGAUGCAGAAGGCGAUGACCUACACCGGUCUGACGAUCGGGUUCUUCGGCGGCUUGGCCGCGUUGGGCUUCUUUUACCAGCUGUUCUUCAUGCCCGAGACCAAAGACAAAACGCUGGAGGAAAUCGACGAGCUGUUCAUGAUGCCGACGAGCAAGCUCGUUGCGCUGAACAUGAGCAAUCUGGCCAAGCGGUUCCGCCGGCGACAGCCAGAGCGGAUCGACACCCUCAAUGCCUGA